AUAGACAGCCUUUGGAAGCUUGUAUCACAUCAUGAAUAGGCCAGGACCAGGCCCACAACCUCUCCGGGGUAUGUCUGGAUUCCCCGCACAGCAACAAGCACAAGCUCGAAAUGCGACUCUGGCAUCGGCGCGUUUGCCAAACGGAAAACUAGGCGAAAUAGGGAGCGGUGCUGCUUGGAAUUUCAACCUGCCUGUCAGCGGAACCCCAGGAAUCCAGAGCAAUCAGCAACGCAGUAUGGGGAAUAUUGGGUCUUUUGCACAAAGCCUCAGUGGGUCGCAGCCUGCUACACCUCUUGAUUUAUCUUUGUCCGCUAGCGAUUUCCCUUCCCUAUCCGGAGCACCCCCACAGUCUCAAGCUCAAAAUCCGGGGCACUUAGUAUGGGCGAAUGCCAGCCAACGAGCCAUGCAACAGACCCCUGUCCAAAGGCAGCAACUCCCUACGUCUCAAGCACCUUCACGACCACUUCAAACGCAAUCCCACCCCCAACAACCAUCUCAACCGUCGCAUGAUGAUGUAUUCCCAUCUGGAGCUCAGUUUGCCAAUCGCCUCGAUGACUAUAGAAACGGCGGACAGGGCAUCAGCGGCCAGUUAGGUGCAGGCACACAGCCGCAGACGGGCAAUAUUGAGGAAUUUCCUCCUCUGGGGCGCAACGUUGCCGCAGAAAUUGGUCAAGAUCGCAGGGGAUCUUUAAUGCAAAGUGCAGGAUUUGGUAGUUACAACGCUGGCUUACCGCUUUCCGGCGCAAGCCAAGCCCAAUCCACGCAGAAUCGCAACGCAAUAUCAGCAUCCAUAAACGGGCAGGAAAGAAUAAUGUCACCUGCCAAUGCGGGACCAGGAAGUAUUGGAACGUCACGAUCGCCCGUCAACCAAGCCUCCAAUGGGGUGUCGGGUCAAGAGAAAGAGGACUUGAAUAACGCUGUGUUGUCAACCCAGCGCAAUUUUACGGAACAACAGUCCGCUUCCGGGGAGACACAAGAGGCUUCUGGAGCUGCCCAAAGUGCGGAGCAACCGCCACUAGGCGAGAUGAGCGAGCUUGAUAAAUUCGGGCUAGCAGGUCUUCUGCGCAUGAUUCACAGCGAUAGCCCGGAUGUCGCCGCUCUUGCAGUAGGUCAGGACCUGAUGACAUUAGGCUUGGACCUGAACCAACCGGAACCUUUACACACAUCUUUCGCUUCCCCUUUUGUUGCAUCCAUGACCGGCGUGCCCUUGGAACAGGACUUUGCGCUGCCUUCUUGUUACAACGUUGCCAACAUCCAACCACUCCAGUCACGUAUUGCCAGCUUUAGUGACGAGACAUUAUUCUACAUCUUCUAUAGCAUGCCGCGGGAUAUUAUGCAAGAAGUUGUGGCCGAAGAGUUAAUGGGCCGCAAGUGGAGAUAUCACAAGAUUGAGAGGUGUUGGCUUACCCGUGAUGAAACAUAUCCUGGUCCCGUCGAUGUUGAGCGCGGCGUCAGUGAACGAGGCAUAUACCUAAUCUGGGACCCUGCCACCUGGAAAAAGAUCAGACGCGAGUUCAUUCUCCGAUAUGAAGAUCUUGACAACAGAAUGGACCCCAACAGGGGACUCGCACGUGUUGGAUUCCCACAACAUGGCUCAUGAAUAUCCUAGAGCAGCAUGAGAUGGGAGUCAGCCACGGCGUUGGGGUCUCAUCCAUUGUAUGGUUGAGUCAGUGCUGCCAGUGAUUCCAAGCCACCAAUUGUUCCUCAGAACAUGAGUGGAUAUAUGCUAAAGCAAAUGACUAUUAUGAUCUUGUCACUCUUCGCACCCAAGCAGAUAAGCUAAUACUGGCACUGAAUACUAUGACUUGAACAGAAUACAGUCAUGCAUAAUCUACCACAUA